CGACCUGCAGACACAAUUCCUAUGUUUGUCACAGUGUAUCAUGUUGAUGAGGAGUUACUCUGUGGAUAAUUGGCGGUAGCACGCCGGCUGAUUUGCAAGAUUACGAUUUUUUUAAAAAUUGAUUUAAUUUGCGCUACCGCGGAGUGAGACAGUUGGAGCUUCGAGGGCGCUCCGUGUUUCCAAAGCUCAAAAUAGUCGCUGUCAGGAGGACUACUGUUUUGUUGAUGUCAUCCGUGGCAGAGCUGUAGCGACCUUCAGUUUCUAGACAAGAAAACAAAGACGUGUUUUUUUUUUUGUUUUUUUUUUUAAACCCCUCUCCUUUGUUUUGUUUUGUCAGUGGCAAUAGGAACGAAGAUGGGACUAUUGCUCCGCGGCAUCCUGCUGUUAUCGGCUUGCACUUUCGCAGCAGGUGUAGAUUUUCAGCUGGGCUUCAAGCCCUUCGGGCAGUCAGGUUUUGUGAGGCGUUCAAACACUGAAGGGAAAGCUGCGAAAAUCGUAAAGAGGUCUGCAUGGCUGGCUCCAUCACCAAACCACAAGAUAAAAAGAAGAAGCACCGAAGAGGACGACUCGUGUAAAGCUCUUCAAGGAUAUGUCACCAAGUUGGACGCCAACACCCACAAUUUUGAAUUCCAUGACCUGAGUGGCUCGGUGUCGCUGGCUUGGGUUGGAGAUGGCACAGGGGUUAUUCUGGCCUUGACGACAUUUCAGGUCCCGUUCUUCAUGGUAAAACUUGGACAGUCGAAACUCUAUCGAAGCGAGGACUACGGCAAGGCAUUUCAGGAUGUAACAGACCUCAUCAACAACACCUUCAUAAGAUCAGAGUUCGGCAUUGCAAUCAGCCCCAAUAACUCAGGCAAAUUGAUUCUGACAGCUGAAGUGUCUGGAGACCUCAAGACCCGCAUUUUUGUCUCUGAGGACUUUGGAAAGAGCUUCACCGACCGGAACUUGCCUUUCAACCCCUUGACGCAGAUCACGUACAACCCUGAGGAUUCCAGUGUGCUGGUUGUCCUCAGCAACGACUAUGAGCUGUGGCUGUCUGAAGACUUUGGCGUAAAUUGGAAAAACAUUCACAGAAUGGUGUGUCUGGUAAAAUGGGGAAGUAAAAAUACAAUCUACUUUACAGCCAGCCUCAACGGCUCCUGCAAUAACUCUGUGCAGUCUGUGGUGUCCUUUGACCAGGGAGGGGAGUGGGUACCCCUCCAGAAACCUGCCAACAGCAAGUGUGAUGCUACAGCCAAGGACCCAGACAAGUUCAUAUUCUCUACUGAUGAAGGACAGUGCUGGAAUGAGUACAACUUCACCAACGAGCCCAUCUUCUUUACUGGACUUGCAUCAGAGCCAGGAGCACGUUCUAUGAAUGUUAGUAUCUGGGGCUACAGAGACUCUUACCUCAGCCAGUAUUGGACCUCGUUUACCAUUGACUUCAAAGAACUUCUUACUAGAACAUGUGGAGACAAUGACUAUGUGCAGUGGUUGGCCCACUCUGAUGAUAUCAGUGAUCCCAAUGAUGGUUGCUUGCUGGGCUACAAAGAGAAGUUCUUGCGUCUAAGGAAGGACUCGGUUUGCUGGAACGGGCGCGAUUACAUAGUCAACACCCAGCCAACCCCGUGUUUAUGCACCCUGGAUGACUUCAUGUGUGACUUUGGGUACUACCGUAAAGAGAACAGCUCUGAGUGUGUGGAGCAGCCGGACCUGAGAGACAAAGUGUUGGAGUUCUGUCUGCAGGGCAAAGAGGAGCAGUUGCAGACUAGUGGGUAAGGUUCCAGCUUCAACCUUCGUAUCCAAGAGAUCUCU